AUGGACAGUAGUAAUAAGUCAAACUCCAGAAAUAUGAAAGCAAAUGUGUUAUCUGUUUUAUUUAGAGUUAUCGCUGUGACUUUAGUGUUUUGGCAAUCCCGUGCCCCACAGGAUAUGAAAAAUCCUGCUGAGUACUCGAACCGUGGUAAAAAUGUAUACGCCGCUAAAAGCGUCGGACGAUUAGAAAGAAUUUUAAGAUCAAAUAAUUCAAAUAUAUUCCAAGAAUAUGCAGGCUUACAGGGUGAAGUCCAUACUGACAUGAUGGAUAGUAUGACCAACGUUUCUGGGUUAAGCAGCCCAUUAAGCGUUCAAGUUAUACAGGAACAGCAAGAACAGUAUCAGGAACAGUUGGAUGAACUAAUUCAUAAAAUAACCAAUACAUGGAAUGACACAUUUAUAAAUAUGGUAGAGGAUUACAUUGAUUUCACAGAACGAAAUAAUAUUAUAGAUGGGGAAUGGAAAUGCCAAAUGUGGAAUCAAAGAUGGUACAGAUAUUUACAAUUCCUAGCUGGUAGUUUGAACGAAGUUAUUGAAGAUGAUAACUAUCCCUUGGAAACGAAGGAGUAUAUUUCAGAUGAAUUCCUCUAUUGGGCUAACCAUGAUUUUAUAUGGUUUUUAAGUAUAGUUAAAGCAGAGUGGGAUAGAAGAGCGGAAGUACCUGAACAACCAGCAUCACAAGCGUAA